AUGAUUGAUAUCAAAAACCAUCUACUUCUGAAAUGUGAGAAUAAAAUUGAAGAUGCUGAGCGAAGGUUGAAGGAGUGGGAUUUUGAUAACAAGGGGUCUUCACAAUGCUAUGACUUCUGGAGGCAAAAGGGGGGUAAAGUUCCUUGGUUUAAAGAGGUCUGGAAGAAUGGAAGCACUCCAAAGCAUGCCUUCACACUAUGGCUGGGGAUCAAAGGGAAGCUACUCACGAGUGAUAAGAUAUGUAGGGGAAAUGAUGAUCAUAACUGUGCUUUUUGUAAAAAUGAAACUGAAACUAUUAAUCAUGUUUUCUUUAGUUGCAGCUUCUCUUCCCAGGUUUGGGACAGUAUCGGGAAGUGGUUGGGAAUAGAGAGGUCCAUGUCUACACUGAAAGCAGCAGCGAAGUGGCUACAUAAAGAGGUAAAAGGAAAUGGUAUUGGUGUGGUGGGGAAAAGGGUUGGUCUUGCAACUACUGUCUUUUUCCUAUGGCACAUUAGGAAUAAGAUGAGAUUUGAACAUAAGGCUAUUGAAACUAAGGAAUUGAUUGAGGUUAUCGAGAGACAUACUUACUGA